AUGUUUUGCGGGCACCACAAACCGUUAGUGAGACCGGAGGGCUUAAAGUUUAUUGCAGGUAUGAAUAAUAAGGCUGUGAAACAUGGAAAUGACACUCUAGUGGAUGGAAAAGAAGUUACAAAAAAGCAAAAGGUGACGAGUGAGCUCGAUAGCGUGCUAAAUACAUCAGAUUUAGACGCAUUCUUGAAGGAUGUAUCAGUGCCCUUAGUUAGCUCUACGGAAGGAACUCCUGAUUUGGAUGAUAUGCUUUUGGGAGGCUUGCCACAACCCAAUCUGAAGGAGGAUGUUGCUGUUGAUCGGGCGACGGUUUUGAAAGAGACCAACGUUGCUAAAUCCAUAAAGGAGAAUAACAUUCCCAGAACUAGUAGCACGGGUGCUACCGUUGAAGGUGGCAAUGUAUAUGCUAUGAAUGCCAAUUUGAGCAAGCCGAAGCCUAAGAAAAAGAAUUAUAAUUUCACAACCGGAAAAAACGAUGGGCCACAAGCGACGGAUGAGUCUGGGGUACCGUUGGACAUUGUCAAAGGACGAGAGUAUUUGCAUGAGAGGUUCGAUACUUUGAGGAAAGUAAACAUGUCAGAGUUGCUACUGCAGAAGAAGCGUGAGGAGGAUGAAGGGAUACAAAUGGACGAGGAAAGCGAAAGCGAAAGUGAAAGCGAAAGCGAUAGUGAUAGUGAGCUUGGCACCGGGAGUGAUAGCGGAGAGGAGAGCGAAGAAGACAAAGAAGAAGCGGAAAAGGUGCCGAAGGACUUUGAAGACCUGCUUGAGCUAUUUGACAUCAACCCAGAUGAAAUGUCGCUUGACCUCACGAUCAACGAAAAGCGGAAGCUCCUCAUCGACAGCAUGGAUGACAAGCAGUUGAACCGAUACGAGUUCUUCCGUCGAACGAAUUUGAACAUUGGAGGAAUCAAGAAACUGAUUAACAGCAUUUGUGGGGUGAGUGUCCCGAACGACUUUGCAAAGCUUCUCGGUGGUGUCGGCAAGGUCUUUGUCGGCGACAUCGUCGAGAUGGCGAAACAGGUGCAGCGGGAGGAAAACGAGGCCCGGGUCGGUCAACAGAUCCGCUACAAACUGGGCCUCCGGGACUUUGAGGACGCUCUUAAGAAGUACCAUGCCGGCACAGUCGACCAGCUGCCUAGAAGACCCCAGAUCCCUCCUUUCUAUGAGACCCUUUUGCAGCUAGACACCGGAGCCAGUCUUGUUAACAUCCGCCGACGCGUCGACACCUACAAUAAUUUCCGUGUCGUGAUUCCGAAAGAGGACGCUCAGCUAACGCCGGAUCACGUGCGCGAGGCGUGGCGCAGGCUGCGACUGAGUGGUGGUGGCAGUGUUGAGCCGUGGCGGCGUGGCGCAGGCGGACGUGGUGGUGGAUUGUUCUAGAAGAGCGUAGAAAGCGGCGGGGAAGCUUGCGGAGGAUGGACUAGACUGGGCAGAUGUCGGAGAUGGUGAUCUCUUCCGAAUGUUCCAGGCGUUCCUGGCUAUCCUCGGUUUUCGAGAGGGUUCCAUCCUUCUCCGUGGGCCAGCUCUUGUGGGGUGAUGGGAGGACAUGUCGAUUGGGCUGAUGCGCA